GCAUCACCACAGAGCUGCAUCACCGUGCUGGGCUAUAAGAAGUGUGAGAGUCCUACAGGACGGCACCAUCUGGUCCAGAUUCUCCUGCCGUUCAGGUCCUCUCCACUCAGCAGCCAUGAAAUUCUCCCUCAUCGUAGCGGUCGUUGUGCUUGCUCUGGCACAAGGAAGCUUUGCAGAAGAGCUCCCCAGUCUUGAGAGGCUCAGUCAGUACUUUGAGGAAAUCAAGAACAAAAUGACCCAGGAGCUGACAGAGAUCAUCCAGAGCCAGGACCUGACCAACCAUGCUCAGAACAUCCAGACCCAUCUGGAGCCCCUGGCCGCUAAGUUCCAAGAGCAGCUGAAGACUGUCGCUACCAACAUGGAGGACCAGAUCAAGCCCAUGGCUGCCGGCAUAGGGAGUCAGAUCCAGCCCAUGAUCCAGGACUUCCAGGCCCAGAUAGAGCCUCUCCUCCGGAGGCUGGCUGAUCAGGCUAAGGCCGUUACCAACUAAACCAACAUAAAACAGUCCACUCUUUUCCCCUCGAGGGAUCAAUAAAGUAACUAUUCUAGUCUAUUCAAAACACAGCAAAUGUGCCACCAUGCCAGCUAAAGGAGCUACACGGAUUCUAAUCCUCAAAGUGCAAGCAGAAGUAAAACAGCACGUUCUUCAAUGAUUGUGACAUUCUCACGUCCAGCUGAGCACAAAUAAAACUUAAAACGAC